AUGAAAGAAUUCAAAGACGCUGCUGAGAGAGUCGAAACUGUAGACGUUUCAGAAAUGAUAAGCAAGCUAAACAUGGAUCAGAAACGAGUUUUUGAUCAGGUUAUCAAAGCGGUGGGUUCCAAUCAAAUCCUACGUCUUUACGUCAGUGGCGAGGGAGGAACUGGUAAGAGCUUCCUCAUUAGAACUAUCAGAUGCUGGAUUAAGCAGCAUGCUAGUAAAGAUACUGCAAUAACCGCAUCAACCGGAAUAGCAGCAUUCAAUGUUGACGGCUUGACUGUUCAUAGGCUUUUUCAAUUGCGAGUUGAACACGGCCGCACUCCAAAAUACAAACAGCUGUCAGAUGCGGUCCAUAAAACCAUACGGGACCAACUCAGAAACGUUGCCCUGAUAGUGAUAGACGAAGUUUCGAUGAUCUCGAAAGUAACGUUUAUGUACAUACAUCUUCGAUUAGUCGAAAUCUUCAAUACCGCAGACUGUGAAGAUGGUUGGUUUGGUAAUAAGCAUAUUCUCCUUUUCGGCGAUUUGCUACAACUUACACCAGUUCACGAGGGACCCUCGUUCACAAAAUUAUCGAACACCGAUGUCGAAAAACUCAUAGGUGCAAUGGGCAGUGUGGAUCUGUGGUGUAAUUUAUUUACAUACGACGAACUGACGAUCAAUAUGAGGCAAAAGAAUGAUCGAACUUAUCGCGAGAUACUCUCACGAAUACGCCUUGGGAUCGUUACUGAUAUGGACACGAAAAUGUUGUCAUCGAGGAAAAUCAUAUUCAAAGCAACCGAGUUCAGAGACAGAAUACGAGAACUUUGCAACUAUAUAAAUAAUUUACCUAUCGACACAGUCUGUCUACUUCCCACGUGUCGCAUGUGUGAUGUUCUCAAUGAAGCUAUGUUGAGCGCAAUUCAGACUGACGAGAUACACUUAUUGGCUCAUGAUACGGUUGAUUGUCCACCGUACUUCAAAAAAAAAGUUCAGAAAAUGUUGAACACGGAUGACGAAGACAGUUCUCGAACUGCAGGUCUUGCAAAAAUGAUUAUUGUGAAAAUUGGUUCGAAGAUAAUGAUUAGACGGAACAUUGAUGUUACGUUAGGCCUCGUCAACGGCACUAUCGGUACAAUAACGGCAAUAUCCCGAGCUGCUGAUACCGGCGACGUAGAAACAGUGCAAAUUGUCUUAGCUGCAGGCGUCGUACAUAUUUUGGAGCGCGUUGAUGUGAAAUUUGAGGUAAUGGAAGGCGCCUUUGUUAUCCGAAGACGAUUCCCUAUUUGCCUCAGUUACGGUAUUACAAUUCAUAAAAGUCAGGGCCUGAGUUCAAAGAAUACCGUAAUCGAUGCAGGUAAUUCCGUAUUUGCUUCUGGCCAAGUGUACGUUGCUCUUUCACGAGUAACUUCAUUAGAAGGUCUGCAUUUGAUCAAUUACGAUCCAUACUCUGUGUUAGCAAAUGGGGCAGCCAUUUUAGAAUACAAUAGAUUGAGAAAAGAGUAUCGUCCAGAUCUCAUACCGAUGCCUCUUACGUCAGUAAGAGCACAGAAAGUAGCUGACUGCAGAUGGUCGAUUGCAAAAGAUGUUGUCACAUGUCAGGUACCAGCUGAAGAAAAAACUGCAGCUAAAUUGUGGCAAAUAAAAGGCUUACGAAACGUCGAUCACGUUUCUUGCUACGCUAACGCAACGAUCCAGUGUAUAUUUCACUGUAGAACAUUCAGGGACCAUUUAUCACGUCAAAACCAAACAGACGAUAUUUUUAAAAUGUUGAUCGAUUGUUAUGCUAGAUCAGAAGCCCCGGUAAAUGUAUUUCCUGUCAGGGCACUUGCGGGUGAACACUUUACUGCAAAUGAGCAACAAGAUGCUUCAGAAUUUUUAGCCGGUUUAAUUUCUCACUGCGAAAAUCUCAGCAUAAUAGUUGAGCACCAGCUCACGAUAAAACUGCACUGCAAAGAUUGCGGUUACACUAAUACCUCAAUCGAACGGAGUAACAUAUUGUUACUGGCGCUGCUCAAAUCUUGCAAAAAACCACCGAGCUUAUCUGACCUAAUCAAUGAUAAUCUCUCGCACUGGAAAACGGUCGAAGGAUCGUGCGGUACUUGUGAAUCGAAAGAAAUGAGCGUAAAAACUGACAUAUCAUCAGCAAACAGGUGUUUAAUUAUUCAGCUAAUGCUAUUUUCAGUAGAGAAUGGAAAAGUCACGAAAAUGAAUGGUUACGGUAUAAAAGCAGUACCUACAGAGAAAAUCAUGAUCUGCACUAAAGUGUACGAGGUUGAUAGUGCGAUAUUCCACCAUGGCCGCAACAUAACGAUAGGGCAUUAUACAAGCAUGCUUCGAGAAGGGACGUCUGCCUGGGUGAACGCUAAUGACGCGAACAUCAGAAAACAACCCUGGCCAAGAAAUGCUUAGGACGCAUACAUAUUCUCCUUGCGGCAAAUCUAAAGGCAGUGCCAGAAAUAUUACACGCAGGGCGCCCCAGAUCGACCUAGGAAAUAAAAGUUUAAACAACAUUGAUAAUGGACCGCCUCUUAUAACUUUCAGCUUCGAACUAAAGAUACAUUAGGGCAAAAUAAUAAUCGGAGAACACUGCGCUUCGUGCCAUAUACAGAGAGGACUCGUGGACGCGGGCCAGCGAAGCUCACGCACGUAAAAUUUUCGUGGUGGACUGAGAAAUGUCAAUCCAAAGUACAACUCGGCCUUCAUUUGUCGCGGUAGCACCACUGCGUCAACAUUCCGAUAUUAUC